GCUUCACUCCUUCCUCCUCCCUCCUUUCGUCCUCAUUCAACAUGCAUGCCGCUUUGACCUAAGGGGACGGGCAGCAUUGCAUUGCACUGCUACCCCCAUACUCUUCUACUCUCUUCAUACUGCGAAUUGCAAAACUAUCAUUUCUAUCAAUUGAAGCCGCAGAGCCACACGACAUCAAACCCCCUCGAACCUCCUCCCCGGGCCAAUGGCCGAGCCGUCGACCGCGGCGCCGGCGCCGCAGAGUGCAAACCAUGCGAUCCCUAUCGCUUUGAAUGAAGCCGGUCUCGAUUCCCCGACAUUCCGAGCCUCUUCCACACACUUUGCAGAGCAGAUUGAGGUUGUCGAGCGAUGGCUUGAAGACUUCGUCAAAUCUACCGCCAAACUAGCUCGCGACAUCCUCUCCCUCGAAGAGACCAUCAACUCCUAUAUAUCCAAGACAUUCCCGCCCGCUGCCGUUGCCGUUUCCGCCGCCGACUCCAUCAUCGAUCAUGACUAUACACUCGUCGCCCUCCGGAGGGCCAGUGACGGCUCGAGGGAAUGGUGGACCCAGGUCAUGUCCACCAUGAGGAAGCUGGACUCGGUUUCCGCCGAACCCGUCCGCCUGUUCCUAUCGGGGGAGAUGAAGGCUUUCAAGGAAGUCCGAAAGUCGCUCGAACAGACCCAGAGACAUUUCGAUCAGACGCUGGCUCGCUACGUCGCGCAGUUCAAGACGAAGGAGCCGUCCGCUCUUCGCGAGGAUGCCUUCGCCGUCUUCGAGGCCCGCAAGGCCUACCUCGCCGCGUCCCUGGACUACUGUCAGCUGGCCCCUCAGGUCCGGUCCUCUCUCGACAAGCUCCUCGUUCGGAUCAGCGCCGACCUCUGGAACGAGGUGAGGCGCUCGCGCGAUGCCGCCACGAGCUCGGCCAGGUGGGGCAACGAAAUGGACCGCAUCCGCGGCUGGUCCAAAGAGAUGGAAGCUACCGAGGGCAUAUUUAAGAGAGAGCUCCACAGGGCUCGCCGGGACAUCUCGCACGGUAUGCUGCAGGCUUGGAAGCCUUCGCGCGAACUCGAAGACUACAAUUCGUCGACGGUGCCUUUUCUGGGAUCCAAGGGCCCCGUCAAUCUCCCGACCGAAGACGGAGCCGCCCUAGUUUCGGAGAAGCAGGGCUGGCUUUUCAAACGUAGCGUCUACGGCAAGCCCGCUCGGACGAGCUGGGUGCGACGCUGGUACUACUGCCGCGACGGCAUCUUCGGAUGGUUGAUCCAGGGGGCCGCCCAUGGUGUGCUGCAAGGCGACGAAAUCGGAGUUCUCCUUUGCAGCGUGAAGCCUGCCUUUUCGGAGGACCGGCGGUUCUGCUUCGAGGUCAAGACCAAGAGCCACACCAUCGUCCUGCAGGCCGAGACGCAACAAGAGCUCACCGAGUGGCUCGAGGUCUUUGACGUGGCCAAGAAGCGGGCAUUUGAGGCGUCCGUGGAUCGAGAUAAUUCCCCCGGUCUCCCGUCAUCGCAGGACCCUGCUUUCAACAUCACCCCUGCCCCCGUCCCUGAGCUAUCCGCCAAGGCUCUGGACAUCCAACAAACAUCGGCCGAAGAGCUUGCCAUGUCCCUCGAUAGGGUCAACACCUUGCCGGUGUACGGUGCGGAAGGUAACCUGGCCAUGCGCAGUAGUUUUGACGUGAACGCCGGGACCGGGCCCGGCCCGGGGGGCCGUCGGUCCAUCACCGCCUUGGGGAGGGACCUCGGCCGCGACUUGGCUCGUGAAGAGGGUGAGACUGGCCGAGAGCACGCCGCCAGGAUCAUCCAGAAGCUCGAUCUUCACCGCAAGGCCACUUUUGGAGGCGAUCACUGGGAGCCCAAGAGCGCAACCGGCUUGUCACCUUCGACCAGUGGCAUCUCCGGUCUCGUGUCUGCCGCGAGCUACGGACUACUCGGCUACCCGUCCUCUGGUACGCCCCAAGGCUCUGGCAAGGUAGCCCAGACCGCCACGUUCCCUCCCCUCGAAGUGUACCGGGGAAGCCUGGCGCCGGCCACGUUGGCCAAGGCGCCCAUUUCCACUUCCCUGAGCCGGAUGGCCGUGUUCGUCACGGGAGACAAGGGCCUGGCCUUGGACGCGUCCAGUCACAUGCCGGCUUCCGUCAUGGCCAACUACUGGGGCAGCAAUCCAUGGGGGAUGCUGUAUGGCACAGAUCACGGUAGUAGUACGCCACGUACGCCAGCCCAACUCGAAGAGAACCCGAUGGGCAUGAUCGUGACUGAGGUGGGGACGCCCGAGGAGCUGGAGCAACAGCAACAGCAGCAGCAGCAGCAGCAGCAGCUUCGCAAACCUAGCACCCAUCGUAAGACAGUCAGCGUCGACGCCAAGGCGACACAACGAAAAAUCCAGCCCAGACAGCAGAUCGAGUCGUUCCCGCCGGGUUACCCCAGCGACCUCAAGGCCCAGCACCCUAAUUUCAGGCUGCUCUUCCCCAAAGUACUGCUCGACGACAAACUCGUGCUCGUGUUCAGUGCCGCCUGGAUCAGCUCUAGCGCGGAUUCCAGCAGCCACGGGGAGUUCGCCGGUAACGGCCGCAUUUUCGCGACGCCCGACAACAUGUACUUCUACGGCCACCAGCUGGGCGUUGUCGUGACGUACACCGUAAGCUUGGACGUCAUCGCCGGGGUCACAGCAGCACCAGGACGGGACUGCGACUCGAUUAUUCUGCAUCUGAAGAGCGGCGUCUCGAACGAGACGGGCUACGACAGCAUCACGAUCAAAGUAUUCCUGGAGAACCUCGCUCUCCUCCAUGCCCGCUUGAACCUGUUGGUGGACGACCUUCAAGCCGAAGAGCCCAUGACCCUGGACGAGCUUGUGACGGCUUUGACCCAUCUCGAGCAUGAAGACAACGUACUGCGGAGCCCCAGCGCCGCUAGCUGGGAAGAAACGUCGCCUAACAGCCCCGUUGACAACGGCGGGGUCGUUGGCGCAAAGCGUCCGACGCGGCCGCAUGCGGUCGGCCCCAGGCUACACGUAGGGCGUCAUAACCUUCGGCCGUCGCGCAAGUUCCAGCUGCCGACCCACCCAGUGGUGUUCGAACCGGACGACAUGAAGCGCAAAGUGGCGGAACGGAAUUUCGAGAUGAGCGCCAAGGCAUGCUUUCACGUGCUGUUUGGGGACAAGAGCUUCGUGUUCCCCAAACUGUACUUCGAACGGCGAGCCCAGCGGGUUGUGCAGGGCCCGUGGACGACGGGGGAGCACGGGCGUAUGCGGCGUGAGUUCAAGUUUCGGGUCGACUACACGGACAUGCUCGGGCGGCCCAAGUCGGCGGACGUGGUGGACUACCAGACGAUCGAGGUGUUCGAGGACCACGUGACAUACGUGGUGACGCACGUCAAGACGGCGUGGCACCUCCCGCACUCGCAACACUUGAAGCUGGUGGUCAAGGUGGUGGUGACGCACGUGGCCAAGUCCAAGUGCAAGCUGGCCAUCUACACGCGGGUGGACUGGGCGAAGACCCCGGCGCUCUCGUGGCGGUUGGUGGAGCGGCAGGCGCUGGACGACGCUAGGGGCGACGCGGAGGAGCUGGCCGAGCUGGCGACGGACCAGGUGCGAAAGCUGGGGCCGCACAGCCGGACGAAGCGGGCGAUCCAGGUGUACGGGCACAUCGGGCAGCAGAAACAGGUGCUGGUGUUCACGCCGGCGGAGUCGGAGGCGGCGGCGGCGGCGACGGCGACGGCGAAGGGGCAGGUGAUCAGGCCGCGGACGCUGACGGCGAUGCUGCUGGAGACGGCGCGGUCGUUCGGGGAGAGCGCGGUGACGUCGGUCAUUCUGUGGUCGUUCGCGGCGCUGAAGAAGGCGUUCACGGUGCUGACGGCGCACCGGCUCCUGUUCCUGCUGCUGGGCCUUAGCGUCACGACGAACCUGCUCUGGGCGUCCAGGGAGGCGUCGACGUGGUGGUCGGAGAGGCGGACGGCGCAGUUCAUGAACCGCAUCGGCGUGGGGCCGAAUACGGUGAUGAGCAGGGCCAUCUACCUGGCUGACCUUCCCGAGGCGACGGGGGCUACGGCGUCCCUGAAUCAUUCGGGGGAUAGUGCAUGCUACGCCGCGUUCCAGCAGUUAACCAAUGCAACGGACAUGGAUGCGCCGUACGAGAACGUCAGGUCAUCAUUCUCCUCGGACUGGGGUCAAGCAGCGGCACAGCGCAUCCGACAGACACGACAGCGACUGGGGUCGUACCGACACGACCUCGUGGUGGCAAUGCGGGUGGUCAACAGCAUCGAGCGGGAGAUGAUCGAGUCGGAGUGGGAGGUCUGGUUGACGGACGAGACGGCGCGGUGCGAUCAGCUCAAGAUGGUGUUGGACCGUGACGAGGGGGGCAAAGGUGGGGAUCAGGCGAAGGCGAAGUACAAGGACAAGGAUAAGGACAGGGCCAAGACGACAGGGGCGCAUCAAGAGCAGGACCAGAAGGUGAUGCUUCCGGGGAUGGAUUGGAGUGAGGACCAGAACGAAAGCGAGAGGAGGGCAGUGUUGCGGGGGUGGCACGAGAGUUACUGUGGGAGUUGUAAGCGGGAACAGCUGCGGGCGAAGGAGGCGAGGGGCCCCAUGGGAUUAUAGGAGAGGGGGGAACCAGUCAGUCCCUCGUAAAGUAUGAGCGGGUGG